AUGAAUCAAAAUCUUAUUUUUGUGUUCAUUUUAUUUGCUACGCUUUCUGUGGUCGAUUCUUUGCCGCAUCGACUUGAUAAAAGAGAUUCUAGUCUUGAAUGGGGUACAUGUUAUACUAGUGCUGGUACCUUUCCACGACUUAAUGUAGAAACGUCAGUUUUUCCCGUCGAAGGUCAACAAGAUACCUUUACAGUUUCUGGACCUCUUCCAACAGAUAUCAAUGCAAACGACAAACUUUAUAUGAUAUUUGUCGAUGAUGACGAUCCUAAAAAUAAAAUUACCUUUUCAACCUCUGCCUGCGGAGAAAAUGGUCUGCCCCAAUGUCCAAUUAAAGCUGGGACACAAUUUAGUAUACCUAUUUUACUUACGGUCCCACAAUUUCCUGAUGCCUUUGACAUCCUUGCUGUAAUUGGGAAUCCACCUGAUGAAACUUUAGGCUGUGCAUAUACCGAUCUUUGGCCUGAUCCCCCUAUUUAA